AUGCAAAUUCUACUACUUCUGGUGUUGAUGCCACUGCAUUUAUCUUAUGGAUUUUAUAUUAGAAACGCCAAUGCUGCACCGGCAAAUGUCGAUGCUACAGCUGACAGCCGCACCGAUGACUGGGGAGUCUUUCAAAAUAGGCUCGGACUAUCCCAAGAAAAAGUUGAGCUUCUGAAGUCACAGAAGGACCAGCCAGGCACAAAGCAGCUGCUGCAUCGUUUCAUUAUGGAAAACCCAAAAUAUUUAAGUGCUGCAAGAACGAACAAAAAGAAAAAGUCAAGUAAAUUGGGUUUCAAUCGACUUUUCCGAGCUUUGGUAAAAAACUUGAAAAGCCCGAGGAGCUCGCUUAAAACCUCCUUUCAAUUUGAACUGUCAGACAGACCAACAAAGCCACUGAAGCGCACUCGCCGAAAGAUUGCUGUGAAGAUGGUGACGGACAUGUCCACUGAACAUGUGGACCAACUAUUAAAAAUGUUUUACCAGAAACACAACAUAGAUGACACCAACUAUGAGAGUGAUAUAGCCGAUCAACAUACUGAUAAUGGCGACUACAGUGAUAUAGCAUCCGAUAUCACGCCACGCACUUCAAUGGACAGGGAGACCGACGCGGAUUAUGAUUAUGAUCUGUUCGAUGAUGAGGGCAACGCAGGACUCAUUGCGAAAUCCCAUCAAAAUUCGGAGUAUGGGUCUUUCCAAGAUCUCAUUCUGCAGGCGAAGCGAAAGCAAUGGGAGCUGGAAAGUGAGGAAAACAAGUUGCAUAGUCCCCCCGACAAUGACCAUUUCAUAUAA